AUGGUCUAUACCAGUAGUGUUGCGAGUAGUCAAAGGACUAACGAAAAUUCGCCGAGAGUACCACCCAAGUCGAAUGUAUUCUUUGAGCUCGUACCCUACAAUGCAGAGGCUAAACUACAAUUUUCUAACCUUGUAUGUGAACUCCGAGAGCGUAGGGGCCAGUUUCAGCAAGCAGUAGACGACCAAGAAGAUUCGGAGUCUUCCGUUUGGCAAUAUUUAUUUGUUUCUGAUGAACAGAUUCACGAUGCCGAGGUCGCUCAGCUAAGGCGCGAGUUAGUGGCACAGACGUUAUCCUCAUCGCCCUUGUCAUCACCACAGGAAUCAAGCUCGAUGCAGGCUGAGUCACUUAUCUGGAGUGGUGGAUACUCUCUAGAUCUUGAAAUCCCUCCAAAAAAUCCCAAGGUUGGCUGGAAAGUAGGUCGCGUUCGAGUCGGCUCAAAUCCCAAUCAACUGGCUCUUACGUUUAGCAAAGCGGCGGGUGUGAACGUCCGGCAGAACCAUGCUAUUAUCCAGAUUACUGAAACUGGCCGAGUGUCAGUCGAGCGGCCUCAACACGCGAAAGUCUCUGUAGACGGAGAGGCAAUCGAGCCGAAUCAACCCCACGUUCUGACGAAGGAAAAGUCGUUCGUCACCUUUGGCAGUUUAACGUUCAAGGCGAGAUAUUUGCCUGUCUCUUCUGAUGAAGUCGAUAGCAGUCAACUCUUUAGGCAAUAUAUGGAAAAACAUGCCGACAUAGUUCCGAGUCCGUUCUUGGGCUUAGUACAAACGCCGAGCGAAGAGCACACUAUGCGCAUCGGCAAAUGGACUGUCUCGGCUGUAGGCAUUAUUGGCAAGGGCUCAUCUGGCAAGGUAAGUGUUGGCUUCGAUAGCUCUGGCCAGGUUGUUGCUAUGAAGCGUAUUUCUAUAACAAAAAACAAGUAUACCCCGAGUAUACUAGGCCAGAUUGAGAACUUCAAAAAGAUCAGCUCAAUAGCUAAGGCACAACAAGUUGACUUGAUUGUCACACUUGUGGAUAUAAUCGACAAUGAUCCCAUGAAAACCAACUCAGAUGUCGAUAUUUGGUUGCUCCUUUCGCCUGUGAUUGCGUGUACUUUGCUACAGCGUCACCAAAAAAGGGACUUCUCCCGUACUUUCACCCAAGCGGAUCAAAAGAUAAUACUAGUGAGAGUAUUGCGUGGCAUAAAAUUCAUUCACUCUGCCGGUUUUAUUGUAUCUGACGUAAAGCCGAGUAAUAUCGGUUUGCGAGAUGAAAACGACCCAAAUUCAGUUGUGUUACUGGACAUUGAUGGCGCGAUCCUUGCGCCGACUCCAGAGGCGAAGAGAAUACCACAUACGCAUAUAGGAGGGACUAUUAGCUGGUUAUCUCCAGAAAGAGAAAUGCAUGGAUUUGAUGGCACGGCUGAUUUGUGGUCUCUUGGUGUUCUCGGGUUUCUGCUGGUUGAAGGCUUCCACCCAUGGGAUCAUAAGUUGAAUCCAUGGAGGCCUGGUCGACUAAAGGAGCAAAACUGGUUUCAUGAGAAAUACAGAAUGGCCAUGAUGUGUCUAGAACAGUGGCCAGAUAAGGCAUUUGCAACCGCCAUUAAAGGAGUGCUUCGACAUCCCUAUGCGGAGACAGAUGGCCAAAGACAACCUCGAUUACCCACUGAGGACGUCUUACAUCUACUCAUGGCCUCACCAGACUCCGAGGACCAAGUACGCGCCUCCAAGCGGGGCAAAUUUACGUAUUAGACACCGUCAUAUGGUGGAGAGGGAUAGACAAAACAUCUAGAGAAACACUAAAGAGAUUGAACUUGAUUCGAAACAAAUAGAACUCCUAACCCUCCUUCGAGCCUAUUCUAAUCUACUCCUUAGCUAUAAAUAUCGUCCAUCGCUGAUACUGAAUAAGCAUGCCAACCUUGUGCGUCUAUCAGUGUUUCCCAUAGCGAAUGUUUGUCGUCUGGAACGAUCAAAAGUUGCCAGGUGCAUCACCCAAUGGCGGAGAUACACGCUAUUAACCCAUUCAUGCUAUCCCUUCUGCAGCUGCUGUAAUGCUUCUUACGCAUUGGAGCAGACCAUCUAUAGUAUAUAGGUUUCUGGGCGAUGUUUAUUUGUAGUUUUGGGUGGCG